AUGGCAGCAGCUACGGGGGAUCCUGGACUCUUUAAAUUGCAGUUUGCCCCCUUUAGCAGUGCCUUGGAUGUUGGAUUUUGGCAUGAGUUGACCCAGAAGAAGCUGAAUGAGUAUCGGCUGGAUGAAGCUCCCAAGGACAUUAAGGGUUAUUACUUCAAUGGUGAUUCUGCCGGGCUUCCAGCUCGUUUAACAUUGGAGUUCAGUGCUUUUGACAUGAAUGCUCCCACCCCAGCCCAUUGCUGCCCAGCUGUUGGAACACUGUAUAACACCAACACACUCGAGGCUUUCAAGGCUGCAGAUAAGAAGCUACUUUUGGAGCAAGCAGCAAAUGAGAUAUGGGAAUCCAUAAAAUCAGGUGCUGCUCUCAGAAACCCUGUCCUCCUCAACAAAUUCCUCCUUUUGACAUUUGCAGAUCUGAAGAAGUACCACUUCUAUUAUUGGUUUUGCUCUCCUGCUCUCUGCCUUCCUGAGAGUAUACCCCUCAUUCAGGGGCCAGUGGGCUUGGAUCAAAGGUUUUCACCAAAACAGAUUCAAGCCCUUGAGCGUGCAUAUGAUGAUCUCUGUCAAGCUGAAGGUGUCCCAGCAUUACCUUACUUCCUAAUCAAGUAUGAUGAGAACAUGGUGCUGGUUUCCUUGCUUAAACACUACAGUGAUUUCUUCCAAGAUCAAAGGACAAAGAUAACAGUUGGUGUAUAUGAUCCCUGUAACUUAGCCCAAUACCCUGGAUGGCCUUUGAGGAAUUUUUUGGUCCUAGCAGCCCACAAAUGGAGUGGUAGUUUCCAGUCUGUUGAAGUCCUCUGCUUCCGGGACCGCACCUUGCAGGGGGUCAGAGACAUCACCCACAGCAUCAUCUUCGAAGUGAAGCUUCCAGAAAUGGCUUUUAGCCCAGAUUGUCCCAAAGCAGUCGGAUGGGAAAAGAACCAGAAAGGAGGCAUGGGACCAAGGAUGGUGAACCUCAGUGAGUGCAUGGACCCUAAAAGAUUAGCUGAGUCAUCAGUGGAUCUAAAUCUCAAAUUGAUGUGUUGGAGAUUGGUGCCUACUUUGGACUUAGACAAAGUUGUAUCUGUCAAAUGUCUGCUGCUUGGAGCUGGCACCUUGGGCUGUAAUGUAGCUAGGACACUGAUGGGGUGGGGCGUCAGACACAUCACAUUUGUGGACAAUGCCAAGAUCUCCUACUCCAAUCCUGUGCGGCAGCCUCUCUAUGAAUUUGAAGAUUGCCUCACAGGUGGCAAGCCCAAGGCCCUCGCUGCAGCAGACCGGCUCCAGAGAAUAUUCCCCGGAGUGAAUGCCAGAGGGUUCAACAUGAGCAUCCCCAUGCCUGGACAUCCAGUGAACUUCUCCAGCGUCACCCUGGAGCAAGCCCGCAGGGAUGUGGAGCAACUGGAGCAGCUCAUCGAAAGCCAUGAUGUUAUCUUUCUGUUGAUGGACACCAGGGAGAGCCGGUGGCUUCCUGCCGUCAUUGCUGCGAGCAAGAGAAAGCUGGUCAUCAAUGCCGCCCUGGGCUUUGACACAUUUGUUGUCAUGAGGCAUGGCCUGAAGAAACCUAAGCAUCAGGGCGCUGGAGACUUGUGUCCCAACCACCCUGUGGCACCUGCAGACCUGGGCUCGUCGCUUUUUGCCAACAUUCCUGGUUACAAACUUGGCUGCUAUUUCUGCAAUGAUGUGGUGGCCCCGGGAGAUUCAACCAGAGACCGGACCUUGGAUCAGCAGUGCACUGUGAGUCGUCCAGGACUGGCCAUGAUUGCAGGAGCCCUGGCAGUGGAAUUGAUGGUUUCUGUGUUGCAGCAUCCAGAAGGGGGCUACGCCAUUGCCAGCAGCAGUGACGACCGCAUGAAUGAGCCUCCAACCUCUCUUGGGCUUGUACCUCACCAGAUCCGGGGAUUUCUGUCAAGAUUUGAUAAUGUCCUUCCUGUCAGCCUGGCAUUUGACAAAUGUACAGCUUGUUCUUCCAAAGUUCUUGAUCAAUAUGAACGAGAAGGAUUUCAAUUCCUAGAGAAGGUGUUUAAUUCUUCACAUUCCUUCUUAGAAGACUUGACUGGUCUUACAUUACUGCAUCAAGAGACCCAAGCUGCUGAGAUCUGGGAUAUGAGUGACGAUGAGACCGUCUGA